GUACGGAUAUAACUGAAGCGUUUGAGGCCAGUCAUAUAGAUCCCAAGGUACAACAACUGUUGAGAAAGUUUGAAAAAGGGCCUGCAAAGGGAUCGAGGAAAAGCCCGUACACGUUUGCAGACGAUGGAUUCUAUCAAACACUCAAGCGACGUGUGUACGAACUCUUGAAGAACACGCCCGAGGGCCCCAGUCAGAUAUCGAAGAAAGUUAUGGAUGGUACCGCACUUUCUUUCGGUAUCCUUGCGUUGCUCGCUGGUUAUUUUCAGUCUACUCUGGCUGCCGCAUUGGCUGGUGCACUACUUGCGUACGUAUUCUGUUAA